GACAUUAGGGUUGGGAGAAUCCUGAAGGCCUGGAGGCACCCCGAGGCUGACUCUCUCUACGUCGAGGAGGUCGACGUCGGCGAGGAGGAGCCGAGGACCAUUUGCAGUGGGCUUGUUAAGUACAUUCCCCUCGAUCACCUCCAGGAUAUUCAAGUAGUAGUCUUGGCUAAUCUCAAACCAAGAAACAUGGUCGGUAUCAAAUCAAAUGGAAUGCUAAUGGCUGCUUCCGAUGCAUCUCAUGAGACCGUCGAACUUCUUAAACCUCCUGAAGGCUCAACCCCUGGUGAAAGAAUAUGGUUUGGCUCAGAGGAGGAGAAAGAUCAACAAGGAGAUGCUGCCGCACCUAAUCGGGUACAGAAGAAGAAGAUAUGGGAAACUGUCCAGCCUCACCUGAAGACCACUGAUUCAUGUGUGGCUGUUCUUGGGGAACGUCCUAUGCGGACUUCGGCAGGAGUGGUGAUGAGCCCAACCCUGACGAAUGCAAAUAUCUCUUGAUUAGAGGGCUGGUUCACUUAUUUUUGCUUAUUUUUUGUGCAGUUUUGCUUAGCCAAGCCCCUAAACUUUUAUGGAGAACAUUUUGUUAUAUUUUGUUUCAUGAUUUUUUUCCAAUGUGUUUGAAAUACUUCCUA